UGUCCGCGAUACCACUUGUCACGAAGGGGCUCCGUUUCUGUCUGUCGCGGUUGCUUCCAUUAGCUGAAUUUGGAAGCUCUCUGCAGAUUGCAAUCUCUUCCUUCGUCAAUUUUCUCGUUCCUCUUAAUUUUCACACAUUUUGGUGGAGGAGAUUGGUCUGUCUUCUUUUCUGCUUCAAGUUUUCUCGUGUUUAGGUGUGUUUCUGGGGAGGUUGCUUUAUUGUUACGUGCUUUUGGUAGUAUUCAGCCUCAUGGACGAUUGGAUUGUCUUUUCAGAAUAUUAUGGCUUCGAUCUGACUGUGAUCAAUUUUGAGGGAUAUUGGGAGGGUGGGUAGUGAGAAUCUCCGGGUUUUAGACGAGUGGAAUGUGGUUAUUAUCUUUCGUGAGUUUUUUCUUUGUUUUUCUUUGUUCUGCAAUGCCCGCCGUGGUACUAGAAGAAUAAGAAAGAGAAGAUUGGAGCAGUGUGAUUGGCAUUCACACUUCCGUUUCUAGCGUAAUUUUAAAUUCCUGGUUUCAGCGAUGGGAAUGAACUGAUUCUGCAAUUAAGGAGCGUGGGUGGUUGUCGGAUUCUUUUGAAAUGCGGUUGGCUGGUUUCCGGAAGAACCACUGAAGGAAACCAUGGCCUCUCCCGUGACAUGGGCGCGCUACUUCGUGACCAGAAUUAGGGCUUCGUUUGCACAAAGUCUGAGGAGCUAUGAGGUGGGAGACAUUAAGGAGAGAGAGAUUUAUGACCAUGUCUUUAAGAACCUGCUUAAUGGGCGUCUGACUUUCAAGCAUCUUGUAAAAGGCACGGAAAUGGCUCCUACAUUUGCGAGUCAGGGAGAGACUUUGCUUAUUCGCUCUCUUCCACGGCCGAGUCCAAGAUCAGUUUUUGUGGGUGAUGUGGUGAUGCUAAAAGAUCCGCGAAAUCCCGACACGAACUUAGUUAGAAGAGUUGCAGCACUAGAAGGAGAAGAGAUGCUUUCGACGCAUGCUGAAGAUGAAUCUUUCAAGCUUGCUCCUGGGACAUGUUGGGUGCUUUGUGACAACGAGAGCUUGAGUCCCAAGGUACCGGAAAGCAGGGACAGUCGGAGCUUUGGUCCUUUACCUUUAAGUAACAUAAUCGGGAGGGCCAUUUAUGGUAUUCGCUCUGCAGUUGAUCAUGGUUUUGUGGUGAACAGUGAUGAUGCUAUGCAUGUUGAUUCCCCAGUAUUGGCGGUUGAACUCGAUGUUGAAGACAUGGUGAGUGAGAAGUGAUAUUGGCAAUUAGUCGCAAGAAUUGAUCACUGCUGAUAUAUUAUAAUAAAACCUGUUGAAUUUGAUUUCCAUUUUAAGGCAAUCCAGGAUAUCAGAUUCCAUUACAAUGACGUCAGUAGUAUAUCCAAUUGCAUUGUCUUUCAGAGGCGUAUAGUUGUUCCACCACUAGUGAGGCCAUUGUACACGUCAAUUGAAGACAAUCUAUUCAGCUUUGUCCUUGUCUACAUAUUUUUCUAUAAAACUGGAAAUGGUACGAAAAAAUCUGCACGUUGUUUCUGUAA